CCUGCAGGAGUCCAGAUGCAGGCCAAGUACAGCAGCACAAGGGACAUGCUGGACUUUGAUGGGGAUACCAUCAGGAGUGUACAAUCUCGAAGCUCUUCUACAACCCAGCAGCCAGAGGCUGGGCACACAGAGCGCCGGCCUCCCUCUUCAGUUUGGCGUCCAGUGGCCCUGACCCUGCUGACUUUGUGUUUGGUGCUGCUGAUUGGCCUGUUAGCCCUGGCGCUUGUGUUUUUUCAGUUCUAUCAGCUUUCCAAUACUCAGCAAGACAGCAUUUCUCACAAGGAAGAAAGACUGGGGAAUCUCUCCCGACAGCUGCAGUCUCUCCAAACCAAGAACAGGAAGCUUGCAGAAAUCCUACAGCGUGUGGCUGAAAAACUGUGUCGAGAGCUCUAUAACAAAAGUGGAGAACACAGAUGCAGCCCUUGUCCAGAAGAAUGGAAGUGGCAUGGGGACAAAUGCUACCGAUUCUGUAGAGAGAGCAAGAAUUGGCAGGGCUGUGACUAUUUCUGCAUCGCUGAGAACGCGACCAUGCUGAAGAUAAACACACAAGAAGUGCUGGAGUUUGCCAUGCCUCAGAGCUACUCUGAGUUUUUCUACUCUUAUUGGACAGGGCUCUCUCGCAACGGCAGUGGCAAAGCCUGGCUGUGGACUGACGGAGCCCCGUACUCCCCUGAACUGUUUGAGAUUAUAAUAGAUUUUACUAGCCUAAGAAGCAGGGACUGUGUGACCAUCCUCAAUGGAAAGGCUUUCUCGAAGGACUGCAAAGAGUUGAGGCGGUGUGCAUGCGAAAGAAAGGCGGCCAUGGUGAAGCCCGAGAGCCUCCAUUAGCUUCCCUAAGCCAUUUUAUGGAGGUGAUGGACUCUCCCACCAUAACUGCAACGUCAAGCUCCCCUCAGGGAGACUGAAGAUCAGAACAGAAGUCAAUCUCUUUAUGUGCAGCUCUAAGAGUUUGGUUUCAGUUCCUAUUUUUCCCCAUGUGAUCCAUAUUUAUACAACAAUUCAGCAUAAAGGUUGAGCCAAGCAAAGUCAAUGCAAAGGAUAUUUGAGACAUUGGAACAUGGAAAAAAAAGUUAGGAAAAGCAAUUUUUCUGACUGGUGCAAGAAGGAUUUUCAUGCUUCCUGUUCAGGAUCCCCAGCACUCCUGAGCUUGGGUUCAUGCAUAUAUUUACCAGUCACAAAGAAAUCCGAUGUGCCAACAACCAGUCUCAGAAUCUCAUAAAGUUGUAAUCCACCUUCUUGACUUAGAGAUCACGUCUAGUGUUCUUCCUUCUCAGCAUCUAGUAUCAUCCCCCUGUUUCCACGUCUUCCUUCAUAUUUGGAGAAGUGAGAAACUUACUGAAGUAGAGGAAAUAAAUGUACUUAACAUUCUUUGCCCCAAAGGUCAAGUAGUCUGUGAGUAAUUAGCAAUCAUUUCCUAUACUGUGCUCCUAAAUACAUAAUUAAUUCUUUCUGUUUGCUUCACUCCAUAUUUUUCCCUUCCUAGUCUUUCAAUAAAGCCCCUAUCUGCCAGGUCAAUGGGCUGCUUUCCACUGGGAUAAUUCUCUUAGUUAGAAUCUUAACUUCUUACGAACGUACCUCCCCAUAUCCAUUGAGAACUCCAACAAUUGGGACACCUGGGUGGCUCAG